CCAGUGGGGAGAGAGAGAGGGAGGGAGAGCGAGAGCGAGCGAGCCUUCCAAGAAAGAGGACGUAAAGCGACAGGGACGACGUUUUUUUAUGUCCCGAGCGUCUUUCCGUCGUCCUCUUUCCCUCUCUUUCUCUCUCUAUCUCUCUCUGCGCGCGCGGGCAUUCCCGCUAUUGCAUAGAGAGAGAGUGCGUCUCAGAGAAGGAAGAAAGGACGGAAAUUAGUUCCCUUGUCCGACAAGAUGGUGAAUAUCACCCCAGAGUCGGUUCGGCAGUUCGAGGCUCUCAUGGAUCAAGUGGAGGAGCCUCUGAAGAAGACGUUUGCGAAUGUUCAUCAGGGAAAUCUUUCAGGGACACUAACGCGGUUUUUGAAGGCUAGAGAUGGAAAUGUCUUGAAAGCACACAGAAUGUUGUUGGAUUGUUUAAACUGGAGAAUACAAAAUAACAUUGAUGAAAUACUGACAAAGCCUAUUACUCCACGUGAUCGAUAUAGUGCAGUUCGGGAUUCACAGCUCAUAGGGAUGUCAGGAUACUCAAAGCAGGGACUUCCAGUCUUUGGAAUUGGUGUGGGGCUGAGUACCUUUGACAAAGCAUCUGUGAAUUACUAUGUGCAGUCCCACAUCCAACUAAAUGAAUACAGGGAUCGUGUGGUUUUCCCUACUGCCACAAAGAAGCAUGGCAGGCAUAUUGGUAACUGCCUGAAGAUUUUGGAUAUGACAGGACUACGAUUCUCUGCACUAAACCAUCUAAAGCUGUUAACAAUCAUAGCUACGAUCGACGACCUGAACUACCCAGAGAAGACAGAAACAUACUAUAUUGUUAAUGCCCCAUAUAUAUUUUCAGCAUGUUGGAAGGUAGUGAAGCCACUUUUGCAGGAAAGAACUAGGAGGAAAGUACAGGUGUUGCAAGGUUGUGGUACAGAUGAACUGUUGGAAUUAAUGGACUAUGCAUCGCUUCCUCAUUUCUGUAAAAGAGAGGGAUCUGGUUCGUCCAGGCACUCCAACACUGGCGAUGAAAAUUGUUUCGCCCUGGACCACACCUUUCACCAAGAGAUGUAUGACUUUAUGAAGCAGCAGUCGUCUUCUUCCAGACAGCUUGAACCACAGGGCUCUGUCCAUGUGAACUUCCCUCAGCCUGACCCUGAAGGAUCAAACAUUGUGAGAACUAUAGAAACAGAGUUCCAAAAACUUGAGGGUCAAAAUUCGCUUCCCUGCCAUCUCGAUUCUCUUAAGAUCAAUGGUGAUCGAGACUGCAGGAAUAGGGAUAGGCAGAGGAGCUCUUGCAAAGUUCUUCUGAAGAAUUGAAUUUGGAGAUCAGUAGUUCCACCGGAAUGCGAACUAGAUCUGUAUACUAUUGGACAUAAAUAAUUGUACUUGAGGACUCAAGUGGUUAAGAUCAAUAGAAAGAUGAGUAGAAUGAAGGAUCGGAUAA